AUGAUGAAGAACAACAACACAUUCUUAAUCUGCUUUUUGCUGCUCUCCUUUAUGAACGCGUUCUUCGUUUCCGCCGCGGAUCAAGUGAUCACUUGGAAAAAAGAAGCGCAAGAGAUCGAUCUGUACAGCGACGAAGCGUUAAAAAUUCAAUGGACUGGAACGCACGACGUGUGGCUCCACGACGCCGCUGGAUGCGCGGGCGGUGGACAACAAAUGGCACCGGAAGCAGACUCAAACUGGUCCGCCACGGCCGGAGCCGUUCCCGUGGGAACGCAUUAUUUAAGUUGCAGAGUUGGAACCCAUUGCCAAGAAGGGAUGACGUUGAAGGUAACCUCCAUCGCCGGAUCGAGACCGGCCGCGACGACUGAUACGACUGAUACGACGACGACUACCACCUCCUCCGCGAAAAAGAGCACUCCAUUCGCAACAGGGUUCGCAGUAUUAGCGGCCGUUUCCGCGCUCUUCUGUUAA